GAACUUUCACGAUCAAUGUGUUCUCGAGACAUCGCCGCACACUGAUGGUGUACAGACAGACACUGAAGUUGCUCUCCCUCUCCGCCCCCGCACAUCAGAGGCUCCUGUGCAAUGAAGGACAGAGCCUUCCAGUACUGACACUGUUCACCAAGCAAAAUGAGCUGUGCUCGUUGUGUGAGGUUGCUAAGGAGUUACUACAGAAAUACAAGCACCAGUUGAUAGUGGAGGAAGUGUACAUUGAUGCCCCAGGGAACGAGGAGUGGCGUGAUCUCUACCAAUAUCAUAUCCCUGUGCUGCAUUUCAAUGGAGAGUAUCUCAUGAAGCAUCGUGUCAAUGAGAAACUGUUAGCAAAGAAACUUCUUGAACAAACUUGAUCAGCCAUUAGCCUCUAUUUAUUUUUCACAUGAUUAUGUCCUCGAUAUAAUUACUAUUGCUUCAAAAUCA